UACGUCAGUACGGUUAUAGGUCUCGUAAGAGUCAGUUCUCAGGCAGCUGCCAAGAAGCGCUUGCCAAUCAACCAAAUAAAUUCGUUAGCUGAUCGAUGGUCGAUGUAACUGCCAUUUAACAAGAAAAGGCAAAGAGAAUAAGAACACACACAGGAUUUUGUGAUCAGUGCUCUCAGCUUGGUAUCAUGUACAUAUAUCCGAGCUCACCUGAAUCAGCGUCGUCCUUGCAAUCCGAAGAAAGUGCUGCCGUCAAGAUCCAAGCUGGCUUUCGUGGCUAUCGUGUCCGCAAGCAGUUGUACCGUUCGAAUAAACCUGUUAACACCAAUCGCAUCAGUGGCAACACGCUUUCCUCCCAGCGAUUCUCCAGCGGACGACGUCAGCAACACUCGCAGUCAUCACAGCUCACUCGUACUCACAGCAACAUCCUGAUGGAAGAGAGACAGAAAUAUCCAAAAACGGCUGUUGAUGGACAGCAAGUUCCUGCUGCGUCAGCGGAUGUGGCGUCCAUUGAAGAUCGCUGUGCCACAAAGAUUCAAGCCGGAUUCCGUGGAUUUUUGGUGCGAAAAAAGCAAAAGAUUGCAACAGAUGCGGCUGUCAAGAUUCAGUCGAGUUUCCGUGGAUUCAAAGCACGCAAGGAGGCCGAAAAAUUAAAGCACUCUUAAUUUAAUAUACUCUUAAUGUUAAUCACUUUGCAUACACAAUUCGAAUAAUGAGUGUUUGUGGAGUCCAAUUAAAUACAUUCAAUCUUGUAAAUAGUUAGCAGUAGUUGAUAGUCACCAGAGAAAAAAAAUAAUAAAUAUACAUACUAUAUACACGCCACCAAUUCCCCAAACUGUGUUGUGCAAUGACCAUAAAGAAGCGACUGCUCGAGAAACAUUCAAAGUCUCUUGUAUUCGAAAAUUAGGAACAGACAAAACUACACGUACUCGCUUGAAGUGUAUUUCGUCAGCUUGCGUCAUUCCUACGGGUCUCAAGUUGUGUGUUCAUUUACCAUAUGAUGACCAAAUUUAUUUUAAAUUUUUACGAUCACUUCAAUUAUUUACCCUGGAAUUAGUUGAGAACAGUCAAUACAUUAUACCGAGAAAAUGAGUAACUUUAAGUCCAGUUUAGUAAUUGUGUCAUUUAUUUUGUAUUCACAACAAAUACAAUGAAAUUGUUGUCUAGUAUGGUGAUCUAACCGUUCUCUUUUCAAAGUCAGCACGCCCAAACAUUUACCUACAUAUAUGUUCAUUAAUACUUGCAUGCACAUUUGUAAAUACAUCUGUAUCUAUGUCUGUAUUCAGAAGUGCUCGGCGGCAUUUAUAUUUAUCUAAUGCAUUUGACUACAUGCGAGUAUUUGUGUACAUAUAUGUGAGCAUUUUCGGGUUGUGCACUUGGAAGUCAGUCUAUUUUCUUUUUAGGAAAAUUAGGGGAGCGACCCAAUUGUAAAUUGAAUACACAUGUUCUUGUCCUUCAUAUGGGAGCAAUUGCAAUAUCUUUGUAGGGGGCAACUUCAGCA